UCUCUCCUCCUGCAACUAUAAAAAGAGCAGCAUUGGCAGUCUCUUUUGCACAUACAAUCUUCUAUAUCCCUUUCUCCUUUUUGUGUUUUCUCUAACUCUUUAAUUGUCACUGUAGCUUCUGCAAUGGCCUCAGGUUCGAGCUGGACACCAAAGCAAAACAAGCUGUUUGAGAAUGCUUUGGCUAUCUAUGACAAGGAUACUCCAGACCGCUGGCAUAAUCUAGCCAGGGCAGUUGGAGGGAAAACCGUGGAGGAAGUGAAGAUGCAUUACGAGAAUCUUGUCGAAGACAUUAAGCAGAUUGAGUCUGGCCAUGUGCCCAUACCUCCUUACAGGAAAGCAGGAGGUAUGAAGACCAAAGGAUGGGGAAUCUCAGGCGUCAGUGAAGUAUGAACCAGAACUAGUAGAAACAAAGAUCUUGAACAUUAAUAAAGGAAAUGCAGCCCUGAGCAGGCAAGCAGCAAAUCUAUUGCUCUUUUUUCAUUUUCAUUCCAGAUCAAAGUUGUACCUUGUUGUACUUCUUUCUUAUAUGUGCUUCGUUAAAUAUUGUACCGACUGCAUGACUCAUAACUGAUCAUAGCAUUGGUACAUGACUCAAAGUUCCUUGUAUGCUCCUGUUUUCAGUAAAUAUCCUCCAAUUAAUGUUUUUGUCUUCUAUAUAUCUGACCAUAUAUAUAUAUUCUUGAAAUUAAAUAGCCUUAAAGCAGAUAUGGAAGUUUAAAGUUACAAAGAAAAAAAAAAAAGAAAUUAUCUCAUCCACCCUCAGUGGGAGCUGAAAAUUUUCGCUGACAAAGUGAGAAGAUUGCCAUUAAUUUUAUAUAUUAUCAAGUUCAAGCCACUGCCAAGUACUUGAUUUGAAGAAAGACUUCAUUUACUACUAUUCAUACAUUUAUACAAGGAGAGAAGAUGAGAAAAGAUAAGGGUAGAGAAUCUUGAUUAGCUCUGAGAAUAAUGGUUUAGAAAUUAAUUAACAGCAAAGAUAUUAUCCCAUGGAGUAAUCCUGCCUUAAGGAAACUAGAGAUUAUGAUUCAUGAAGUUUGACUUCACAAAAAGCACGACAAGAAAUUAAAAAGAAAGGCAAUGUACAGUGCUUAUAUGAUGAAAAAAAGAAUUUGUUUGCUUAUUCUUGCUUGGUGUCUUAAUUUAUACAUCAUUGUCACCAAAUAAAGACAAACCAAUUUUGGAAGUGAAGAAGACAAAAGUAAUGCAUGAC